GGUUUUUGUGCUGAUCUGAUCUCAAACAUCGUCGUCCUUCACUGACGCACUUUGUCUCAUUUCGAUAGUGGUGUCUCACUUUCUGUAUUUUUCUUGUUAGUUUUCUGACACAAAAUGGUCCGAGAGUACAAGCUCGUCGUCCUGGGCAUGGGCGGUGUCGGCAAGUCCGCCAUCACUGUGCGCUUUGUGCAGGGCGUCUUUGUCGACCAGUACGACCCGACCAUCGAAGACUCGUACAGGAAGCCCCAGGAGAUCAACGGCGUGUCGUGCGUGCUCGAGAUUUUGGAUACUGCCGGAACUGAGAACUUUGCCGCCAUGCGCGACCUCUAUUUGCGCAACGGCGAGGGCUUCCUUGUCGUCUACGCCGUCAACACCCCUGCCACAUUCAACGACCUGGAGCCCUUCCGAACACACAUUGUGCGCGUCAAAAACCUACCAAACAAUCAGACCGUCCCCAUUGCCCUCAUAGCCAACAAGAUUGACGUGCCCGCAAACGAGCGAGAGAUUACCCAGGAGGCCGGCAAGGCCCUUGCAGACUCAUGGAAGGCCCUCUAUUUUGAAACAAGUGCAAAGGAGAACAUUAACGUCACCAAGGCCUUUGUGGAGCUGUGCCAGGAGAUUAGCCGUCUGAAGGGUGACUCUGUCAAUGCCAAGCCAAAGAAGAGCGGUGGCUGCAUGUUGUUGUGAGCAUCAGCAUCGUACGGAUCCGGGGCACACCAUGAAGCUGCUGAGCGGUUUUCUUGUUGUUGUCCUUUUGGUCGUUUUUGGAUGAGGUGUUUUUUUGUUUUUUCUGUUUGUUUGUUAUGGUCGUUUUGUUUCGUUUCGACUUUUCCUUGUCUUGUUCCUUCCCUCCGUUCUUCUUUUGGGACGAAGGUUGUCAUCGAUCGAUGCUUUCUAGUUGUGUGUGUGUGUGUGCGUGUGUGUGCGUGUUUGUUGGCAUUCUAUUGGUCUUGUUUUUCCCCAAAAAUUGUUUGUUUGAAUGGUGUCUCGUUUUCGCACACUUUGAUGCUUCGUACUAUCAACAACGCGGACCUCCAAGUCGAGGAAUUUUCACCAUAAUGCGUAUUGUGUGGACUGUG